AUGGAUGCGAUAUUGAACAAGGUUGGCUCUUAUUGGAUCGGUCAGAGAGCUAACAAGGAGCUUAAUUCUGUCGGCGACGACAUCAACUCAUUGUCAACGAGCAUUGAAGGAGGAACGAAAUGGUUGGUGAACAAACUCAAAGGAAAAAUGCAAAAGCCAUUACCAGAUCUGCUUAAGGAGUAUGACUUGCCAAUAGGAAUCUUCCCUCGUGAUGCCACCAACUAUGAGUUCAAUGAAGAGACGAGAAAGCUUACUGUCUUUAUUCCCUCAAUCUGUGAAGUUGGCUACAAGGACUCCUCUGUUGUGCGUUUUUUGACCACUGUAACUGGGUAUUUGGAGAAAGGAAAACUAGCUGAUAUAGAGGGGAUGAAGACUAAAGUGAUGAUUUGGGUUAAAGUGACCUGUAUUGCAUCUGCUGGAUCAAAGCUCAACUUCACAGCUGGGAUGAAGAAAACCAGGGAUAGAGGGGCUUAUGAGGUUCUUCGAGAUGGAGUGGGUGUAGACAAUUGUGAUACGGUGAGUUUUCUCUGUUCUAUGAUUCAUGAUCGUAUCAUCUAUGUUAACCUUGGCUACGCCUUUCCUUUUAGUGUUUCCGAUCAUAGGUUAAAACCAGUGCUCGAAAUGCGGAUGAGUUGGCGAGAUUACAGAAUUAAAGUCCUUGAUGCUGUCUUCAAGUCCAUCAUUGAAAGCCUGGGCAUUGGGACUUCAGUCAAGUAUUGUUUUGGCCGAGUGAAUGCCAGAGCCAGAAACAAUGGAACUUAA